AUGGAGCAGACGACGUGCCGGGCUACUCGACGAGGGGUAGUGUCGGAUCCCGGCGAACCCCGGCCCGCUGAACGCACGUCGCCGUCUGCCAUCCGCUCGUUCGGUGAUUUCAACGAGAACUUUGAGCGAAAGACGGUUAGCAGAGCCUUUCCCAUUCCCGAGAAGCCGGCGGUCCGCCGGCGUUUUCCCGUGCCCAGUGGUGAACGCCGGACCCCCGCGAGCUCGGCACUGCGACUGGCGGCCCGGGCGCGCGUCAAGUCGUUCGGAGUCGGAGGGAAACGAUCCCUCCGCCAAACGGUUUACGGCCGCGGCCUUUUCUUUUCUGUAAUCGUGGCCGCUCUUCUUCUGUCAGGGCUGAGCACCGAUGUCGCUGAGGGAGGGUCGGCGUCACCGACACCGGACGCGCCCGAGCCGACUCAGCCGUCAGUGGACGCGAUGAAAAUGGAAUUAAUGAACGGCCUGACCAAUCGGCUGUCAGUACGGUGGAGACGCGACUGGACUCCUCUGUUGGAUGCGAAUGGGGGCGAACCACUCGAGAACCGUUUGGCGCUGCUGAAUACAGUGACGGCGGAACUCAACGAUGUACUGAACUCUAUGCUCAGCGCCUUCCCGACAGUCGCACAGAAGAAGAGUGUGGAGUACUUCAUUGCUCAUACGAGGGAUCUCUUUGUCUUUGCCUUCCAGAGACGGCUGGGUAUCACAGAUAGCCAUUCUCUGACUCCGGUGGGACCGUUCGCGAGCACUGCGAACGGCGACCCCGACCAGCUGAAAGAUGUUGACCGCUGGCCUCCGCUGGAGAGCGGAACCAGCCCGGGGCAAACAAACAACGGAAGUGGAAACGCCUCUGCCGAAGGAGCGGCUGGCCCGCCCCAUGCCCGGGAAAAGCGAGAAAAACCAGAGAACAGUGCUGAAGGGGCGAGGGCCGAGACACCCGGGGAACUCCCGAGCGACGCGCAAGGCCACCAAGACGGCGACAGGCAGGCGAAUGCGGAACCACAGGCACCGGCGGAUGGUAUGCAGAAGACGCUGCACGCGCUGGAGGAGGAGGCGCAAGUGCUGACGACGGCCGACCACGGGCUGACGAACUGGGCGGGGACGCAGUCAGACAAUUCGGUGAGCGAGGCGCAAGCGAUGGAGGCAGAUCAAGUGUGGCAGGAAAUGGAACAGGUGUUGGAGAAGGAGCAAGUACAGGAGGCGGAACUGAACAAACAGGUGGAGGCAGUGUUGCAGGAUGAGUCAGUGCACGCGGUGGCCAAAGCGCUACGGCAGGCAAAGGAGGAGGCGCUGGCGGAGGCGCUAGAGGAAAGCAGUGUGGAGACAGAUGCCAUGCAGGAGACAGAUGCCAUACAGGAGACAGAUGCCACGCAGGAGACAGAUGCCACGCAGGAGACAGAUGCCAUGGAGGAGACAAAUGCCAUGCAGAAGACAGAUGCCACGCAGGAGACAGUUGCCAUGGAGGAGACAGAUGCCGCGCAGGAGACAGACGCCAUGGAGAAGACAGGGGUAGCGCAGGAGACAGAGCCCGUGCAGGUGGAAGUGGGAGAGGCGCCAGGGGCGGAUCUGCAGCUGGAGGCAGUUGCGCGGAAGGAGGGCGAAGAUGACGAAGACACGUACGAAGAAGGAACGCAGGACGAUGGUGAGGAAGACGGAGACGAAGAUGAAGAUGACGACGAUGACAUGGGGGAUGACGAAGACGGGGACGACGAAGAAGGCGAAGAGGAGGACGAGUGA